ACUUGAGGUUGGCAGCGUUGUGUCAUUGCAAACGAAACAUUAACAUAACCUAAAAUAAAGCUGGCGUCAACUUGGAGCGAAGAGCGUCGCGAUCUUCAAAAUGCACACGUCCACUGAUUUUAUUCUACGCGGUGGUGACGCAGCGUUCGCCAAUAGACAGCGGUUGUUGUUUGAUCAGCUCUCGAUCGCGGAAAAUAAAUGCAAUAAGCAUGACAGGUCUGAGAUGUAUGAAGAUGAGACGGAUGAACGCGAAGGGAGACCAGAUACGAGAGACGACCGCAGACAGAAAAGAGAAACCAAGAGAUUUCGCGGUAGGGAGAGUAUCUUCAAGCGUCCUGAAGGUCCGGCGCCACGUGCGAGUUUUAGAAAUAUCCCAGAUUAUCAUAGAAAUCCACAUAAAUGGGUCAAAUAUAGUCUGGAUGAUGUGUCCAGUGAGGACAUGACGGAGCGCAGUAACACGCAGGCUGCUAUGUCAUUCCUGAGAGAAUUGAAGGCACGUAGAAAGAAAGAAGAAAUCGACGAGUGUGGAGAGAAGAUGGAUGUUGAACCUUCUAGUUCACAUGAUUUUACAGAGACACGAUUCAAAUCCAAGAAACAUAAAUCAUCAUCAUCACAAAUAGUGUUUAGAAAGCCACAAACAGAGGCAGUAGAGGAUAUUGCAAUUACAGAACCGGAUGAUAAGCCUGUAUUUAGAAGCAGUAAGAUUGUCUUGCCAGAAUAUGUGAUCGGGCAGAAACCAAAGAGGAUAUGUAAACAAAAUCGACCGGUGAUUAAAGUUGAUCGUUUGAAAGAGCUUAAACUGGAUCAUUUACAAGAGCCAGAUGAAGAAGAAGAAGAUGAUGAUUGAAAGAUAUAAAGUAUAUUAUAUUUUUGCUGUAUACAGAUGUAUGUAGAAAGACUAAUUAUGAAUAUUUGCUUGAUAU